AGCCUUAUCUUGAAGGUGGAUUAUGGUCAGUGACGUCUUUAAUGCAGCUGCGUACACUUCUCCGCGUUAUGAGAUGGAAUAUCGUGAUUUUUCUUUAUCAGCACUCCCGUGGCUUUAGCCAGGUGAAAGAGAUUUGGCAGUGUUCGACCAUUCGCCCAACGGACGCAAAAGAUGCUCAACAUAAACUUAGUUGCCCUACAUAAUCGAUUCCAACAGUAUCAACAUGGCACGUGGCACUUACACUUCGGAAGCCUACUGUGGCUGUGUUGCUAGAAGCCCGGAAAUGGAUUUAUUAUCAAAUUAGCCUUGCCCACUGACGAUGGGAGCACUUACAUCCGCUCUUUUGUUGUUCGAAUGUUUCCGGCUCCUAGUUCUCGUGCGUAUCCAAAUUGAGGAAUGUUUUUGGGUAAAAGCUUAAUCACGAUUCCCGUCGAUAAGGACGAUGAUAGCGUAUCAAAAGGCGCAUCAAGUAUUUCCAUCAGUGGCAAUUUAAGGCACUAUUCGUCAUUAUAUGGCUAUGGCUUCUAUGAUUUUUCAUUUACACAUCCCGCUGGGAGUGCUCUAAUUGAAUCUUAUGCUUUGCCCUCCUGCGCUCCUGGGUAGUUCGUUUUCGAAACGGUUUGUUGGCAAAGGGCACAGGUCGUCUGGCUUAAACUUCUGCCCGAUUUUCUUCGAACCAAAUGAGCCAUCUAAUGCGGUCCUGAUGCUCGGAGCAGAGUACGCGGAAGGAGCUGCUCAUGUUUUGAUUUUUGUGGCCGAAUCCGAUCGGAGCGAAAGGACAUCCGUAAGCAGCACGAACCUUGUUCGAGCUUCCAUCCGAGCAUUCGGUCACGUUCUCGGCCAUCAUCGAAAGCUCUCUCCUACCGAUCGCACCGGAAUUAGACGAAGUUCGUCCGAAGCCCUUCAUACCUUUCCGGAGACGAAACGGACAAGAGGCAAGCGGCAUCGUAGUAGCCCCCCGUAGAGAACGAAGCAGUACAGAGACUACACCACGUUAGUCAAUCUACUAGUCAGCGCGUUUCGGUGUGUUUGUUAGUGGGCGCGCGUGGGUCUGUGGGCUCUCUCUAUAUCUCUCUCUCGCGCAAACCACACCACGACACGCGGCGACACAAUCGACGUCACAACCCAAGAGCCAUUUUCCGCCUUACUGCUGUUGGCCCAGGUGGCCCUCGUCUCUUCCGCUCAUUUGCCCCUCGUGGCCUUUCGUGCGCAUUUACUCGUGACGAUUGACGUGGUUGGAGAAGAGCGGAAGGAUAGCGUGUGCGGGUGGAGCGAGUUUUCGCCUUGGACGAUUUUGCCACCUUCGUAGGCUUCCGAACCUUCCGAACGGGCUGGCCAUCGUCAGUCGACUUGAACGUGGCCGGGCAUACGCGACAGCAGCAGCGCGCAACACCACUAAGACCGCCACUAUCACCGUUGUGUUGUGCAGUGGCUGUGCCGUUUCUGUGCCUACCGCUAGAUAUCGCGAAUAUUUUCCAACCAUCAGUUUCGGUGGGCCACAGAGUGACAGUCUCCUCACCCACUGUUGUUGUGUGGUACAACACAUCGUCACCCUCGGCGACUACUACAGCCUGCACACCGGAUGGUGGUGCUACUGACGGCCUGCUACGUCGCUUUCUACGCCGCGCCUACGUCGUUUAAUUAGAGGAAAAUUCCUAAUGAUGUGCGGCUAUGGUACUGUUGUUGUUGUUGCCGUCGUAGCGCUGUGCCCGGCGGCUGAGAGGACGAAGAUGACGACGUCGAGAGCUGUCUGAUUAACCUUCCGCUGGAUUAAUCGUGUGCCUGCGUGUGUGUGUGUGUGUGUUUUCGGCUGUGUGGGUGUGUGGAAUUGUGAUUUAGCACCACCAGUGGUCGCAUGUUUAAAUGCGGGUGUCCUUGUGAUCCCGGGGAGUCGUUGUUGUCGUUGUUGUCGUUGUUGUUGGGGCAGUAAUUCAAUUAUCUGACGUUAUAGCAACACGCGCCGCGCAUUCCGUAAUAAUCGCGUGCAAAAGUAAGGAACCGAUGGUUGGUCCAUUCGAAAUAAGUGCAUCAGCAGCAGCCCUUUAGUUGCUAAGGUCGACGUGGCUCACGUAGUCACUAGAGGGUACACAGAGCCGGGCCAAGAUGCUAGUGGAAACCAUCGGGACCAGUGGUUUUAUCCUCGACGAUCGAAACAUUAUUGGCCACGGUGAAAGCGUACGAAAUGAGGGAUUGGCCCAGUAUGAUAUUCCGGUGGUAGCGGUGAUGGAUGGCAGUAUUGAGGACGUUGAGCAUAAGUCGCGACGAGCCCAGCUCUCGUCCUUCCAUGGCGGUGGCCUUUCCGUAGUGAAUCCCACGUAUCUGUUAGUAACAGAAGGAGAAGUGGGAGUGGGAGCAGCAGCAGCAGCAGCAAUAACACCACACCAGUCACCGACUAACAUCCUCACCGGAAAUGUGCCAGCCGCCAUCAUCGGGCCGAAUCCUUCUCCGGUGCAGCAACCACCAGCAGUAGGAGCAGCCAGUGCCUUCCAGUUGAGUACGGCCAUCGUGAGUCUGGAUGGAUCACGGUCUGGCCGACGGGCGCUCGAGGCCGGUGGUGCGUGUGAGACGCGCGUCGAGUGUAUUAACGGCGAGUUUCUGAUCAACGAGGACGAUUACUAUCCCUACAACGACAUACCAGAUGACCCUCACUUCAGUGAUUUGGUGUACUCGGCGGAGAUUGCAAUCGAUGGCGGCAUUUACCCGGAACGCAUCUAUCAAGGUAGUAGUGGAUCGUACUUCGUGAAAAAUCCAGCAAACAAAGUAAUUGCCGUGUUCAAACCAAAAGAUGAAGAACCGUACGGCCGGCUUAACCCAAAGUGGACCAAAUGGAUGCACAAACUGUGCUGUCCUUGCUGUUUCGGACGCGCAUGUCUCAUACCGAACCAAGGGUACCUCUCGGAAGCCGGAGCGAGUCUUGUGGACCAAAAGCUGAACCUUAACAUCGUGCCAAAGACGCGCGUUGUUCGAUUGGUGUCGGAGACGUUCAACUAUCCCCGGCUCGAUCGGCAGAAAGCACGGAUCAAGAAAACGAUCAAGGAGCGUAUUCCGGCAGCGCGCUUUAACCGAAUGUCGCUACCACCGAAGACGGGCUCGUUUCAGUUGUUCGUGGAUGGGUACAAGGACGCCGACUACUGGUUGCGACGCUUUGAGCAGGAACCACUACCGGCACGGUUGGGCCAAAAGUUUCAACUACAGUUUGAACGACUCGUCGUGCUCGACUACAUCAUACGAAACACGGAUCGGGGCAACGAUAAUUGGCUGAUCAAGUACGAUCAACCGACGAUCCUGCCGACGUCACCAACAUCACCGAACGGUGCUGGUCUAACCAGCCCCAAUGGCUUCGGCAUGCAGAAUGGCGGCAGCAAUGGUUUCAUGCCUCGCAGCAGUACUCGCCUGGAGAUGACGGAACACACGGACUGGAAUUUGGUGCAGCUGCCGGAGAUUCGAAUUGCGGCAAUCGAUAAUGGGCUGGCGUUUCCGUUCAAACAUCCGGACUCGUGGCGCGCUUACCCGUACCAUUGGGCCUGGCUGCCGCAAGCGAAGCAACCGUUCAGCCAGGACAUCCGGGACCUGAUACUGCCCUCGCUGUCCGAUCUGAACUUUGUCGAGGAGCUGUGCAACGAGCUGUACGAACUGUUCCGGCAGGAUAAGGGUUUCGACCGGGGCCUGUUCGAGCGGCAAAUGUCUGUGAUGCGUGGUCAGAUACUGAAUCUAACACAAGCUUUAAAAGACGGCAAGAGCCCGGUACAGCUGGUACAGAUGCCGGCCGUCAUCGAGUUACUUUCGAUUGUGCCGAUGUUCAGCGAACUAACCCGCGUGCUUCCUGUCGAUUUGGGACCCUACACCGAGCAGCUCAUGAAAUAUUCGAAUAUUCCAGACCAACUUACCCGCUAUGUACAACCUCCGAAGCGAGAAUCCUGCAAACCGGUUAGCAGCUACAAAGCACCAGAGGUGCAGUUUGGGUGUGAUAGCGUCUACAAAACAUCCUUCCACACGGACCCCCAACUAGUCGUCAAUGCACGGCCAUUACCGAUCAAGCCACAAUCGCACCUGACACCCCAUCCAGGAACGCUGGAGAAGGACACGGUCACAGCGCUCUCAUACCCAGGUUAUCAACACAGCGAACGGGUACAACCGAUCGUUCCAACAGCAAACCAACUCAUACAACCGGGUCCUCUGCAGGAGAUGACGACCACGCGCCAUGACUAUGUUCCCAAGACGACACCGAAGCGAUACAAAAUUGUGCCAAGCGGACAUAUGCACGUGCACAGUGCACCGUUCGAGAAGCAGACGGUGAACAAGCUAUCCUACAGCUGCCCGAAUAUGGCUGACUUUGAACCGGCACGAUCCUGCAAACCGAUCCGCCAGUACGAGCGGUCCGAGAUUCCGAUGGAAUCGGAAACGACCAACAAGCUCAGUUACGGGCCGGUUUGCCCAGCACCGAAGGAGGCAAUGCCUUGGGCACGUCGUGGCAGUUUCCAGCCACCAACGGUGGCCAUUAGUUGCGAUACGACGUACAAAAAGAGCUACAUCCCGAGCGGUGCCACCGAUCGGCCCAAGCCAGUACUGCCUUACAACAACCUCGCCGUACCCGCCGGUUCGGGAUUCGAAUCGAGCACGGUGUACAAGGAGAGCUACCAUAGUGCAGCUUGUGGAGGACGGCCACCUGCCAUCCGGCCUCAGUGCCACCUACAGAUAGCCGACCAACGGCUGGAAGAUGAUACGGUUUAUAAGAUGUCCUUUGCCUCGCACUGCCACGCGGAACGUCCGGCUCCGAUACUGCCCCGGUCCGCGACGAUGAUGGGUGAAGGCCCAAUGCAGGAGAUGACAACGCAGCGGCACGAUUUCGUCGGAAAGCCACCCGCCAAACGGGAACCGAUCGUUCCGCAAGGAUCACUCGCCAUACCAGUUGGUCGUGUGGAUAGUGCCACAACCACCCGGUUGUCCUAUCCUGCGACCAAUAAGGAGAAUAUCGUCCCCACGAAAUCCUGCAAACCCGUUCUAAUCUACAAGCGACCGGAAGAACGAAUGGAGAGUGAUACGACGCAGAAGCUAAGCUACAUGCCGGUCUGCCCGCCACCGAAGGAACAUUACCCGUGGGCGCAACGGAAGCGUUAUGAAGCACCGAAUCAACCGAUGGAAUCGGACACGGUUCAGAGGUUAAGCUAUCCCGCACCGGGACAGUAUAUCGAGGAACCCUGCCCAGGCAGCAUGGCGGCUCCGUGCUGUCAGGGCUGCAGUCCUUCCGCGAUCAACUGCUGCUCAACCUCGGUGGAUACGGACGGCAACACCAACUAUCCACGAGCCGCAAUAGUGUAACGGUUCCUCGGUCCAGUAUCUCGGCAUGUUCUGGACGACCUCCAAGAGUAGAUGUUAGGACAAAGCGGGACAAGUGGCA